AUGACUUCAAAUUAUUUUGAUUUAGAUGAUAUACUAGCUGAUGGAGAGAAGAUUCCAUGUCGCUUCAAUAUUACCGUACCAGGAUUGGGUUACUUAGAAGGAAACCCAGGAAAGGCAAUUGCUAAAGAUACAAAGAUCGAAUUGCCAUUGUGGCUUGCAGAAAUCUUAGCUAUAUGUGAAUUACUGGAAGAUUCUCAACAAAGUUUUAUUGACUUGUCGCAACCAGAUUUUAUAAAUUACAAAGUAAUAAAUGCUAUCAAGACUAAUGCAGUAAACAUAGAUUUGCAUUCAAUUUUAACCAAUUAUUAUAAAUUAUGUGAAAAAUGGGCAUCAAUGUUUAGUGAUGCGGAGUUGAUUGAAGUAGUCAUGCAAAUGUUGAAGGAAAGGUCGUUUGAAAUUAAUAAUUAUGCAAGUAACGCAAGCAAGCAGAUCAAUAACAAUUUCAUUUUCUCUUUAGAUGAAUUUGAAAAGAAAUUAUUCAAAAUUACGGCUGACAGUAACAAGCUGAUGAGAAAAUGGUUAAAGGAUUAA